ACGCCACUUGAAGGAAACUGUGGUGUACGCGUUGUUGCGCAUGCGUACUGUUUGAACCAGGAAGUAGGUGAAUGGUCGUGUUCAGACGGUGAACGAAAUCAUCAGUCAUGGAAAAGGCUAAUGGGCCUUCAUGUGCUCCUAAAUGGACAUUAUUCUGUUGAGAAUGGAUUCUUGAAUAUCUUAGACAGAGUGUAAUAUUCUCCGAGUGGAUUAUAAGAGUAAGUAGAGCGCGACAAUGAUGUCAGAAUGCGACCCGCCAGAGACCGGCGAACCCGUAUUGGACACGGAAACGUCUACGGGUUCUCCAUCGGAGUCCAAGUUCUCCACCGUACGUCGUCCCAGAUUACUACUUGACAAGAACACAGCGUACUCGGAGCUUCAGGCUAACCCUGGUGUUGCCGUUCGAAUUUCGGAUUCGUGUGAAAGCGUCUUGACGGAGCUUGAGGCGGAAGGUUCCGGCGAAGACGCAUUGCUGUUGCCGUGCUUUGCUGGAAGCUCGUCCCCACUGAGAAGUUCCCGAGACAAGAACCGGCGGAACAGACAUAGCUCGUCGUCUGAUAAAGACACUUUAGCCUCGCCAGGUGUCAACAGUGGGGACUUCAACCUUUUCCCAGAUGAUCCUGAGUUUGCAGAUAUUAUUCAAAGGGCAGAACAAGCAAUUGAGGGGGGCGUCUUUCCAGAGAGAAUUUCUCAAGGUUCCAGUGGAAGUUACUUCGUGAAAGACCCAAAAGGAAAAGUCAUCGGUGUUUUCAAACCAAAGUCGGAGGAACCCUAUGGUCACCUGAAUCCCAAAUGGACCAAAUAUUUUCACAAACUCUGCUGUCCAUGUUGUUUUGGACGAGGCUGCUUGUUGCCAAACCAGGGUUACCUCUCAGAGGCUGCUGCUUCACUAGUUGAUUGCAAACUUGGCCUAGGUGUAGUGCCAAAAACCAAGGUGGUGUAUUUGGCCAGUGAGACCUUUCAUUACAGUGCCAUCGACCGAGCCAAAUCCAGAGGGAAGAAGUACGCUUUAGAGAAAGUGCCCAAAGUGGGACGACGCUUCCACAGAGUGGGCCUGCCACCAAAGGUGGGCUCAUUUCAAUUGUUCGUGGAGGGUUAUCGUGAGGCUGACCAUUGGCUGAGACACUUUGAGGCAGAACCUUUGCCAGAGAACAUCAGAAAGCAGUUACAGUCACAAUUUGAGAGGCUGGUGGUGCUGGAUUAUGUAAUUCGAAACACAGAUAGAGGAAACGACAACUGGUUGAUCAAAUAUGAGAAGCCAGGCGAGUGUGAGCCACCAAAGGAUAGAGAAUGGUCAGAGAACAGUUCCGAGCCUUGCAUCAAGAUUGCAGCCAUUGACAACGGCCUAGCCUUUCCCUUCAAACACCCUGAUGAAUGGAGAGCCUACCCCUUUCACUGGGCGUGGCUUCCCCAGGCUAAGGUGGCUUUCUCUCAGGAGACCAGAGAGCUGGUGUUGUCCCGCCUCUCGGAUAUGAACUUUGUGCAGGACCUCAGUGAGGACCUGUAUGAGAUGUUCAUGAGAGACAAAGGCUUCGAUAAGACCAUGUUUGAGAAACAGAUGUCAGUCAUGAGGGGCCAAGUGUUGAAUCUCAGCCAGGCACUUAAGGAUGGGAAGAGCCCUCUACAGUUGGUCCAAAUGCCCCGCGUGGUGGUGGAGCGCAGCCGGUCUGGUGGCCAGGGCCGUGUGGUCACCCUGGGCAAUGCCUUCACCCAGACUUUCCACUGCAAGAGACCCUUUUUCUCCUCUUGGUAGAGAAAGAACAUUAGCAGCCGUUGUUGUUUUUUGUUUUGAAAGCAAAAACUGGGAAAGCAGGGAUUCUCCUUGUAAGUUGUUGAUAUUCAACCAAGUGAGGGAAUGUUUUGAAAGAGAAGUAAGGUAUAGAAUGUUUUCCCAAGGCAUGGUCCCAUCUUAAGUGAUGGCAGUGUACACUAAUAAUGACAGCUGGAGAGGAUAACGUUCACAAUUGUCUCCCAGACAGAUUGGGGUUAUAUGGGGCUCUCAUGGUUUCUUGGUUGGAUAAUGAGGAUAAGUGGGCUUUGUUAAAAUACACCCCCCCCCCACUUUUUUUUAUCUAUUUUUGCAUACAUUCACAACUAUUUACUAUUCACAGGUUCUAUACCAGUGGUUCAGAUAACUAAAAAAAAGGUACCACACCUCUGUGUUCCACUGUUUUUUGUUAUUCAAAGGAAAUAUUGCUCCAGAAAGUGAAUUUCUUGAAGAAAAUCAAAAAAGUCACUGCUUUGUACUGACUAAAAUAUAAGAAAUGUACAGCUACUUCCGCUAAAGUUGAUAAACCCAGUGCACCUUUCCAAAAUAUUUUGAUCAAACACCAAGCCAGUGUCUUCAACCAUUAGUGCUACUGCCAAACCCUUGUCUGCAGGUCUUUUGAAAGUCGGAAGAGGAGGAGCAUCUGGAAUACCUAUAUUGCUUGAAUGUAACGUUUACUGUUUAUGCUCUUGUUCCAAAACAUUUCACAGGAUGUGAAUGCGGUCAAAAACAAUCUGAUAACACCGAAUGUACAUGUUGUUUGAUGUGUAUUUUCUGUACAUCACAGCAUGGAGAAUGGCGCACCUGUGACAUCUCAUGACUUACUAUUUAUAGAGGAAAGUCCGUGCCAUGGAUUUUUUUUUUUUAUGUAUGCAUCUUGACAUUUGUAUUCCAGAAUAAUGAAUGUAUAAGCAGAGUUGUAUAUUUAACACAAUAACAUUUAAGAGCACUUAA